CCGGAAUAAUUGACAAAUAUUUUGCUGUAAUAAUUUGCAUCACUUUCUUAAAAAGCAACAAACUAGCAUCGAAUUAUUGAUUUAUUAUUUGUCAAUCACUUUGUAAUAACCAGAGAGAAAAGAGUGAAUUUUGUAAGAGGAAAAAAAGAAGAAGAUGGUGAUGGAAGAAGGAUGUCAAACACCAAGAAGCCCAGAAGCAAAAGUGGGUAUGCAAGUGGAAGAUCUAUGGGACAUACAAGAACCACAGCUUAGUCCUACUGAGAAGCUAAACGCUUGUUUUGAGAACAUUCCUGUUUCUGAUUUCCCUCCUGCUCCUUCUAAUCAAGUUAUUGAGAUAAAAUCUGAUGCAACUUUGGCCGAAGCUGUUAAGUUACUAUCAAAGCACAAAAUACUAAGUGCACCUGUUGUGGAUGUUGAUGCCCCUGAAGAUGCUAGUUGGAUUGAUAGAUAUAUUGGCAUAGUGGAAUUUGCCGGCAUUGUGGUAUGGAUCCUCCAUCAGUCGGAAAAGAUGGAGAGCACCUCUGCUUUUGAUUCGGUAAUCAAUGCAGCAGAUGCUACACUCAGCCCUGCUUUGGCUGCAGCUGUUAAUGGAGUCUCUUCUCCAAGAUUCAGAAGUCUGCAUCCUGAAUCUCCAACAGCAACUUCCGGUAACUUCUUUGAGACAUUAACUUCGUCGGAUCUCUACAAGAACACGAAGGUUCGGGACAUUUCGGGUUCCUUCCGCUGGGCUCCAUUUCUGGCUUUGCAGAAAUCAAACUCCUUUCUGACAAUGCUUCUCUUGUUAUCUAAGUACAAGAUGAAGAGUAUUCCUGUAGUUGAUUUAGGGGAAUAUAAGAUUGAUAACAUCAUAACUCAACCUGCUGUUAUACACAUGCUAGAAGAAUGUGCUGGUCUCCAUUGGUUCGAGAGCUGGGGUUCUAAGAAAUUAUAUGAACUUGGUCUUCCUUUAAUGAAGCCAAGUAGCAUCAUUCAGGUGGCUGAGGAUGAACCAGUGCUGCAGGCAUUCAAGCUGAUGAGACAGAAUGGUGUUGGAGGAGUCCCCGUGGUUGAAAGUGGUGGAAGGAAAGCUAUUGGUAAUAUAAGCAUCAGAGACAUUCAGUUCCUCCUGAUUGCUCCCGAAAUCUACAAGGACUACAGAUCUAUAACAGCAAAGAACUUCCUGACAUCUGUUCGAAGGUAUCAGGGGGAGCACGAAAAGAACUCCCCGUUCUUAAGCGACAUGGUUACUUGCAGAAGAGGUAACAGCCUUAAAGAAGUUAUCAUGAAGCUCGACUCGAAGAAGAUCCACAGGAUCUACGUUGUCGAUGACAUGGGAAAUCUCGAGGGGGUAAUCACACUCAGAGACAUAAUCUCAAAGCUAGUACACGAACCGCGUGGUUACUUUGGUGAUUUCUUUGAUGGUGUGCUGCCAUUGCCAGCAAAUAGUAGGGUUUAAGUCCUAACAACUUUAAGAACUUUAUGCUGAUCCUUUACUUCCCUAAUGAACUAAAUAAGUUUAACAUGUAUGGAGUCUUGUUUAAAUUUUAGGUUGUUUUCUUGCAGGGUGAGUUUCUUGUAAUUUUGGGUUGUUUCUUACAAAUUGAUUCCUCUCUUGUGUAGACAAAGACACUUCUUGUUAGUGUUGAAAUGGAAAGAAAUGCAAAGCCUUUUUUUUCUA